CCCCCCCUCUCUCUCACUUACUCACUCACCGUGUCGAAGCCCGCGUAGACUGUGACCAGCAGAGAGAAGUGAACGAGCCAUCAGCCAUCGGAGAGCAGCAGCGUCCUCGGCGGAGAUGAUCGGGGUUGGGAAGAUGAAGCAGUACUCCAACGUCCUCGACAAACCCCUCAACAAGGGCAAACAAGAGGUCAGUUUAAGUGCGUUUGCGUUCUUGUUUUCGGAGCUUGUUCAGUACAAUCAGACUCAGGUCGACAACAUUGCGGAGCUAGAAAGAAGGCUCGAGGAUGCGGGCUAUGCUGUGGGUGCUCGAGUUUUGGAGCUUCUUUGCCACAGGGAAAAGGGAAAUAGGAAGGAGACUCGUUUACUAGGUAUUCUCUCUUUUGUACAUAGCACUGUGUGGAAGGUUUUAUUUGGAAAGGUAGCUGAUUCACUUGAAAAAGGGACCGAACAUGAGGAUGAGUACAUGAUUAGUGAAAAGGAGCUUCUUGUAAACCGGUUCAUCUCAAUCCCAAAAGAUAUGGGAACAUUUAAUUGCGGAGCUUUUGUUGCUGGAAUUGUUAGGGGUGUUCUCGAUAGUGCAGGAUUUCCUGCUGUUGUGACUGCUCACUUUGUACCAAUGGAAGGACAGCAACGACCCAGAACUACUAUUCUGAUAAAAUUUGCAGAAGAGGUGCUGAGAAGAGAAGCAAGGUUAGGUGGAUAACUUGCUUCUUGUGGAGUUUGGCAUGACACAGUAUGAACUAUUAGAGAUGAUGUUGCUUUUCUUGGUACCUUUCACUUGCCAACCCAUAUCUUAAAUCAGCGGGACACCAGCAUUACAAGCUCAUAUCUAUGCACAUGUCCUUGAGAUUUGUGUCAAGGAUAGAGCUGAUCUGGAGUUCUGCUUAUGUAAAGUCAUCACUCAAAUAUCUCGUGUUCUUGUUUUCUUACAUUUUGGCGAAAAGAUGCUGCUGCUGCCGGUGUACUAAUAUGUGGGGGGAAAAAAUGUUUUUACUUGGAGAAGAAGGUAUUUAUAUUGCAUGUUAAUCUUUUGCCAUGAGAUGGAGAUGUUUUGUUGGUACCGUCUUAGGCUUUUGACGUGUGACAUAUGGUCCCGACCAACAAUGUCGUCAGAUGACAUUCACUUUAGCUUCACUUUAAGUCAUCGUUACUUUCUUUUUCUAAAGUGUUCUUGCUGGUGCAAGUCAUGCCUGCUUUUGUUUGUGUCACCUGGAUAUGGUAUGUUGUGGCCAAAAUUAUAUAAUAAACCUAGCAAUAAGUGUUUGAGCUAAA